AUGAGGAAUGACACUGAAGCGGCCAAGCGACUGAUCGAGCAGGGAGCGAAUCCCUGCUGCGAAGACCAGCGGCAGUGGAGCCCGCUGAUCUGGGCUGCCUCGCACGGCAACGAGGACCUCACCAGACUAUUGAUCAAACACAAUGCCGCGGAGGUGUACAAAUCUGAUGAGACAAAGGUGCGCAAGAAGCACAGCCCUCUUCAUUGGGCGGCCUUUAAGGGUCAUCUCAAGGCUGGAGCAAUUGGAAGUGCUGGGACACACAGUAGCGUUUGGUUGCGUUGCAUUGAGUUGCGUCGUGCAGUGUUUCUGCAGCCUGUGCUUUCAAUUCCCACAUGA